AUGGCAGACUUCGGACUCAUUCUCAAUCCACCACCAACACCCCGUCUCAUGCCUCACCACACAGAUCCAAACCAUGAGCUACCUCAGUACAUGCCACCACUAGAUCUUGAUCAGACGAAUGAGCGGGUUAUGCUUCCUUCCGAUCGUCCCAGGGCACCGCUAGGUAACCCCGAGCCUUUCUGGAUGUGGAUGAGGUCCGAGUUGGAUAGGCAUGAACGGGAAGCAAAGGAGGAGGCUGCUGCCGCUGAAGUUGGCCGUGACGAGACAGAAGUGGCCCAAGACGACGAGCUCGCUGACGAUGAUGAGGACGAGGUCGAGGUCGAUGGUGAAGACAGCGUCGACCACGAGAUGGAGGAGGCUGGUGGGGAAGUCGCUACCUGGGCGGGCGACUUCACUCCGGCCAAUUCUGCGUGGAGGACGCACGAGAAUAUUCCUGAUGUGGAGCUGGAUGAUAGCGAGACGGAUGGCGAAGUAGAUGAUGUCGACAUGGACGAGGAGAUGAAUCCGUGA